AUGACGCUUCGAAUCCUUCUUUUUGCCAUCCUAGUGCCUUUGACGUUUUGUUCAGAGGAAAACUUAACCACCACCGAGACUCCUACGGAAACUCUGGACAAAUUCUACAGUGAAUUUACAUUGGAUAGAAGUGCUCUUCUCUUUAGAAGAAAGCUCUUUCUCUAUAGAAGUGAACUCUACUCACCAUGGACAGAGUGGGGGCAGUGUAUGCCUAAGGAUUGCACAGAGUUGAGGUAUCGACACUGUCUCAAUGAUUCCUACGAAGAAUGGAUCACGAAUCUCUUCCGUACCAACAACUGCCCAUUCGAGUACAUUGUGGAGUCAAGAAGAUGUCUCAAUGAAACGCUAUGUCUUAAGAAGGGUGAGUGCAUCUUUUAUUCCCCCUCUCUUCCCACAUGUUGA